AUGACUCCAAAACAUCCUAUAAUGAAUACUUAUAAUUUUGUAAGUACUUCUGACAAACAAACGCCAUUGGAUAGUUCUCAUUUUCGCUUAAUUAUCAGACAACAGCCGAAACAAGCCCGUUUAUGUAAUUCAAAAGAACGAGAUCGAAGACCAAUCGAUCCUCCUCCGAUCAUUCAACUUAAAGUAGAUGAAUGUUAUGAUGAAUCACAGUAA